GGCGGGCCAACCGUCGGCAGCCCACAGAAGAAGAGCGGCGGCGUCGAGCAGCGGAGCGCAGUGACGGAGCGUUAUUAUCUUUUACAUGAUUAAAACAGAAAAACCGGGAGGAAUACGCGCACGGAUCGAUAGACACAUACCUCCUACAGCCAGUCCGUCAUGGAGUCCUAUGACAUUCUAGCUAACCAGCCCGUUGUGAUCGAUAAUGGUUCGGGGGUUAUCAAGGCUGGGUUUGCAGGUGACCAGAUCCCCAAAUACUGUUUCCCUAACUAUGUGGGGCGUCCCAAGCAUGUGCGCGUGAUGGCGGGAGCCCUGGAGGGAGACCUCUUCAUCGGACCAAAAGCGGAGGAGCACAGGGGCUUGUUGUCGGUGCGGUACCCGAUGGAGCACGGGAUAGUGAAGGACUGGAACGACAUGGAGAGGAUCUGGCAGUACGUUUACUCCAAGGAGCAACUGCAGACGUUCUCCGAGGAGCAUCCUGUACUGCUGACCGAGGCCCCUCUCAACCCCAGCAAGAACAGGGAGAAGGCUGCGGAGAUUUUCUUCGAGACCUUCAACGUUCCCGCUCUCUUCAUCUCCAUGCAGGCGGUCCUUAGCCUGUACGCCACAGGUCGCACCACCGGUGUCGUGUUGGACUCGGGGGACGGCGUGACCCACGUCGUGCCCAUCUACGAGGGCUUCGCCAUCCCGCACUCCAUCAUGCGCGUGGACAUCGCCGGACGAGACGUGUCGCGGUACCUCCGCCUGCUGCUGCGCAAGGAAGGCUACAACUUCAACACCUCGGCAGAGUUCGAGGUCGUCCGCACCAUCAAAGAGAGAGCCUGUUAUCUGUCCCUCAACCCGCAAAAGGACGAGACUUUAGAAACAGAGAAGGCUCAGUACGUUCUCCCCGAUGGAAGCACUUUAAACAUCGGCCCGGCCAGGUUCCGAGCCCCAGAGCUGCUGUUCAGACCCGACCUGAUAGGAGACGAGAGCUCGGGGAUCCACGAGGUCCUGGCCUACGCCAUCCAGAAGUCUGACAUGGACCUCAGACGCACGCUGUACUCCACCAUAGUAUUGUGUGGGGGGUCGACGCUGAUCAAAGGAUUUGGGGAACGACUACUAACUGAAGUGAAGAAGCUGGCACCCAAAGACGUGAAGAUCAAGAUUUCUGCUCCCCAGGAGAGGCUCUACUCCACAUGGAUUGGCGGCUCCAUCCUGGCAUCGUUGGACACCUUUAAGAAGAUGUGGGUGUCGAAGCGAGAAUAUGAAGAAGACAGAGCACGUGCCAUCCACAGGAAGACCUUCUAGUAAGGGGGGCGGCGUCCCGCAAUUGCCCCCCAGAACUGCCCUCUAACCCCCCCCCCACACACACACACAUCUGUCAUCUCUGGGUACCUCUGCAUCGUCCUCUAUCAACCCAACCGCUUCUAAAGCCCCGUCAGCCCCCUGCUCCCCCCUCCCCCCAGAGAAACUCACACGUUUAUGUGUGCUAGUUUCCAUAUUUAACUCCUCCUUUCGUUCGCCCGCCCCCCGCCCGUUGCUCCUGCUGAAGGGUGACCCUCCAAACACUCACACACAGAGGGCCGUCAGGGUAUCUGCGAGGGCAACCAUUAGCACUGUGGACUCUUACUACAGGCCUUGCUAUACUAUAAUUUAGUCCACAUUGAAGUAUUGGUAUUGCUCUCUUGCCUACAAAAGCCCUGCAAGGUGGAGAAUAUCAUGAAAUGUCAAUAAACCUGAAUGUUUUUUUUUUUUUUUUGCUACUGUUGAAAUUUCCAUUCCAGACCGAAGAUUUAGGUUUUUAUUUGAUGUCCAUUUUGUAGAGUCUUUUUCUGUUUGGGACGUGGAUUAGCUCGUACAGAACAAAGGUUUGAAGUGCUACAGGAUUAUAUAGUGCUAGUGUCAGUGAGCAGGUAUAAAGAGAACCACUGUAUUAUAGAUCUGGCUGAAACUGCACAGUCACCACCUCGGAGCAAAGUUAAUGUGUUUCAUUUAUCACCCAACUGGCUGAACUGAAGUCAGCUCUUAUGAUCUUUUCUGUCAUUAUUACCAAUGAAAUGUUUCUACAUGAACAUGACAUCACGUGUUUGUGUUGACGAGGAAGACGUUCGGUCAUUUAGUCAGCUUUUUGUGUCAGCUGACGGGAUUAAAACAAAGUGUAGAAAAAUGCCUUGAUUUAUUAUUAUUAUUAUUAUUAUUAUUAAUCCAUCGUUGGAUUCCACGUUUACAGCAGUCCAGAUGCACACUUAAAGGAAUUCAAUAUUUUUCAGCCUGCGUCUCAUAAUUGACCUUAAGCCCCUCCCCCUUUUUGCUCUGCUCCAAUAGCAGUUGAGCAAAUCUCGGUUAACGUUGAGGCCCCAAUACUGUAGGAGGGGGGAGUUAUUAAGACCCAGGUUGACAAAUGCUGCAUUUUCCUUUAAGUAUUUCUGUGUAACAUUCAUCUGAUAUGAUAAAUGAAUAUGAAUAUCUGUCCCCACUUGUCUAUUUGAAGCUUUACUCAGAUGCAUGUCAGUUAGUCGUGUACAGUUAAAGAUCUCCGCAGUCGGCCACAGAGACAGGAAGCCGGGCUCUGGAGUCAGAGGGGCCACAGAGAGCCGACGUGGCUGAUGAUUACAUUUUGUAUUCUCCUCCCUCCCUCCCCUCUCUAUGUACUAGUUAAAGUCUGGACCUUCUGAUUUCCCAGUAUCUCAGUGGCAGUGAAGGGGUCGUGUCCACACCUGUGUCCGCCUUACUCCAGAGCGUCUGCGCCGGAGCGUCCACGUCGUCUGCUUUUGGGUGUUUUUAAAAUAAAGAAAACAAAGGUUGUAAAAGGUCAUCAGCCUUGUGUACAGUGGGAUGCUUUUCAGAAACAACCACCACAAAAAACCAUAGGAUAACAGACUAAACAUGUACAAUACUGUUUAUUCAAGUGUUUGCUUUUACUUUUGGUAAAUUCAGUAUAAUAAAUAAGUUAAUGGCUGCUG